CCCUUUUCUGUUUCUCUCACCCCAUCUGUCGCUGGGCACAGAACGCACAAUAAUGCCACAAUACUGCUCGGUCUCGUAUCAACAGUGACCCAACGAGCAGUAUUGCUUGGCGCCCCAAAUACAAUUAUCAUAAUAACAGAGCAAUCUUGAAUAAAAUUUAAGCCUCUGUUUUUUCUUGCAAGAUUGCUCUGUUUAACUUGAGUAGUUUGGGUAGGUGAAAUAAAAUAAUGGGGGAGGUUUCAAUUAACCAGGUUGACCUGACGAUGCCGGAACUCCGGUGGCCGGCGUCGGAUUUAGCGUCGGAAAUGGGGCAAAUGUGGGAAUUUGUAAAGGACCCGGUGAUAGUUCCUGCGCUAAGGCUGGCCGUGUAUAUAUGUUUGGCAAUGUCCAUCAUGCUCUUCGUUGAGAGGCUUUACAUGGGAAUUGUUAUCGUUCUGGUCAAGAUUUUCAGUGGGAAGCCAGAAAAAAGGUACAAAUGGGAACCAAUGCCGGAUGAUUUCGAUAUUAACAGUGCAGCUUUUCCCUCUGUUCUUGUUCAGAUCCCUAUGUUCAAUGAAAAAGAGGUUUACAAGAUCUCCGUAGGGGCUGCAUGUAAGCUGUCUUGGCCGUCGGAUCGUCUUGUGAUUCAAGUUCUUGAUGAUUCUACCGACCCUAUCAUCAAGGAUAUGGUGGAAAAGGAAUGUCAAAGGUGGGCGAGCAAAGGAAUAAACAUAAGAUACCAAACGAGAGUGAGUAGAGGAGGAUACAAGGCCGGAGCUCUAAAGGAAGGGUUAACACAUUUUUAUGUCAAUGAAUGUGAAUAUGUUGCUAUCCUUGAUGCCGAUUUCAGACCCGACCCGGAUUUUCUCCUACACUCUAUCCCUUUCUUGCAUCACAAUGCGGACCUCGCUCUUGUUCAAGCCCGUUGGCGAUUUGCCAAUGCGGAUGAGUGCUUACUGACAAGAAUGCAAGAGAUGUCCUUGGAUUAUCAUUUCAAAGUAGAGCAAGAAGUGGGUUCCUCUACUCAUGCUUUCUUCGGCUUCAAUGGGACCGGUGGCAUAUGGAGGAUCGCAGCCAUCCAAGAGGCUGGUGGUUGGAAAGACAGAACUACAGUUGAAGACAUGGAUCUUGCUGUCAGAGCUGGUCUUAAGGGCUGGAAAUUCCUUUACCUUGGAGACCUCCAUGUAAAAAGUGAACUUCCCAGUACUUUCAAAGCAUUUCGCUUCCAACAACAUCGCUGGUCUUGCGGCCCUGCCAAUCUCUUCAGAAAAAUGUUCAUGGAAAUAAUUAAAAACAAGAGAGUGGGCAUGUGGAAGAAAGUGUACGUGAUAUACAGUUUCUUCUUUGUCCGUAAGAUCAUAGCUCACAUGGUCACAUUCUUCUUCUAUUGCGUGGUUAUUCCCUUAACCAUUUUAGUACCAGAAGUAGAAGUCCCAAAGUGGGGAGCCAUUUACAUUCCAUGCAUUAUCACAGCUCUCAACUCUGUGGCUACUCCCAGGUCAAUCCACUUGUUGUUUCAUUGGAUCCUAUUUGAGAAUGUGAUGUCCUUCCACCGCACCAAGGCUACAAUAAUAGGUUUAUUCGAAGCCAAGCGAGCAAAUGAAUGGGUUGUCACUGAAAAAUUGGGAGAAGGUAUCAACAAUAAUAAGUCAAACAUAGUCAAACCUACCACCAAAAAGACAAAGUCUACAUUUUUCAAAGACAGGUUCCUUUCGCAAGAGCUAGGAUUUGCAGCUUUUCUAUUCUUUUGUGGAGUCUAUGACUUGAUGAAUGGGAAGAACCGUUAUUAUAUAUAUUUAUUCCUCCAAGCCCUAACCUUUACGAUUGCAGGGCUUGGCUACAUCGGUACUAUUGUCCCUUCUUAGUUAGGUCUCGGCAAUUUUGUUAGUGGUAGAUGAGAAGACUACUAAAUAACUACAUGGACGGGUGUAAAGAUGCAUUUGGUUGUUGUUCUUAUGGACAAUUUAUGCAUAGAUUUUGUGUUUUAAGACAGUUUAUGUGGGUUCUGAUUUAUUGGUUAAUUUUAACCUAUGGGGGAGAUAUGUUUACUGCACAAGGGUCAAAUUAAAUGAGCAUCCAAGAUUCACUACAAGAAAUGUUACAUUUCUUGACACACAUAUUUGUUGAC